AUGACCUUCGUGCAUUUUACUUCCGACCACCCAGGGCUCGACUUAGGCAAGCUUCUAAGUCUCUGGACACUCGCCCUUGCUCCUCUCAUUGUCCACGUAAUAGCAGGCGCCCCGGAGCCAAUAUACCUCUGCGCCAAGCCACCAAGAUGGAUCGACUAUGCUGUAUUCUGGAACCCUACAUCAAUCAUCUGGCGUUACUUCAUUAUAUUCGAUCGCAGGAUUCGUGCCAGAAACUGGAAUCGCGAAAUUCUGGCCUCGUCCAAUGCGCUUUUUUGGACGACGAAUGGCUGGAAUGGAAGUGAAGAUAUGAUAAGAGAGGGGGGGAAGUAUUGUAUAAGGUUACCGCCUAAAAGUCACGCAGAGCUGUUGUCGAAGUCGUUCAUGAAUACUGUAAUCGUGACAUUGCAGGGCGUGCAGGCUUUGUACGAGUUGCUCUUAAUGGAGGAAUUCAACAACGACAUGAAUUUGGCUACCGUGUUCCUGCCACUUGCGCUGCUGGGUCUCAUACGGCUUCCCUCAGCUCUCUGGAUCACGGAUGGUUUCGCGUACAAUCACUACGACAUAGAUCUAAGCAACAAGAGGGCCAGUCAAGUCACCACAACGACAAAAGCAGGAUACCACGAGUUGAGCACCGUACCAUUGUCAGACGACGACACGCCUCAGUGGCCACCUCAGACAAGGGACGAUACCAGCUACGAAGAAUUCCGCCCUCGGACAAGCAUUCAUGGCUACAUCGCGAGAAUCAUCUUCUUAACUCCACUACUAGGCAUGGCGAGCCUAAGCGGCUUGUGGACCUAUCGGCUUUUGAAAAAUACCAUUUACUAUUCCACUUACAUUACCGGCACGGGACUCUUUUCACUCAUGCUCUGGUGCACCUUCAGCUUCGGAAGUGCCGUCAUCUUCAUCCUCAAUAUCGCAAGAGCACAGGACAGAACUACCGUCGUUCCUGGAGUGUCGACGUUGUGGUACCGCUUAUACUCCGCUAUCCUUUUCCUUCUCAUGCUCGCAUUGUUCAUCACGGCGAGUAUCGAGACUAAACAAACAUGGUGCGGAAAAACCACCAUCUUGUACGAUUACGACGUCUGCCCUUGGAUCUCGUACCUACCGCAAGACACAUACAUGUACUUCAAUGCGACUGCUAAAGAUGGCUCGCGCAGUUGGACAGGCUCCAUUAACGCGACGAAGGCGUAUUUGGCCGGUGAUUACUUUUUGAGAGCUGUGAAUGCCUCCCUUGAUGCUACCCCUGAGACCGCGCACGCGUUUCUAAAUCAGAGUUUAGAAGAGUUUUUGAGAAACGUCGAUAGUUAG